AUCAUGAGUUACAUCAUCAAUAAAGAUAAAUGAGUCCUUUAGUGAGUGAGUUCUCAGUUUGGCCUUUCCAUCACUUUGGUAGAGGUCAAUCUUAGUUCCAGAACUUUUGUGGCUCUUCUCUGUAUUUCUUUGUGAAUUCCAGUCUGGCCUUAUGAUUCUUACUGCUGUGAGUGGUUUACAUCUUAAGGUAUGGCCUCUAUAUUUCUUCUUCGAACGGUGGAUUGUGAAACCUUCACCCCUGCCCUGUGGAGGUUGUUGGUGAUGUCACUGACUGUUGUUUUUGAGUUUUUGUUCACAGGUCUCACAAUGUUUCUUUCAUCAACUGCUGCUGUUUUCCUUGGCAGACUUGUUCAACGUCUGGUUGUUAGUACACUUGUGGUUUCUUUCUUUUUCAGGACAUUCCAAAUUGUUUUAUUGGCUAUGCCCAACGCUUGUGCAAUGGCUCUGAUCGAUUUUCCCUCUUUUCUCAGCUUCAAAAUGGCUUGUAUUUCUCCCAUAGACAGCUCUCUGGUCUUCUUGUUAGUUUAUCCUUUUUAACAAUAAAUGUAGUCUUCACAGGUGAAACCCAGGGCUCAAACCAAGAACAGACAUUCAGAGCUAUUAAUUGUUUAAACAAUCAGUCUAUGUGGGUGAGUUCAAACAAAAGGUGCCAUGUUCUACAUUGUUUAACACAUCUAGAUGUAAAAAUUAGGAAAUGAAAGUUGAUAUUCUGAUCUAUCAUCUCAUAUUAAUCUUUUGUAGACAUUAGAGUAGACAUUCAGAGCUAUUAAUUGUUUAAGCAAGCAACCUCACAGGGCACACCUGCACAACAAGAAACACCUGUCAGUCACAUGUUCCAAUAUUUUUGAUAACAUGAAAAAUGGGUGGGUUCAAACAAAAGGUGCCAUGUUCUAAGUUAUAAAUAUCAGGAAAUUUAAAUUUCUGAAUCUAUCAUCUCAUAUUCUUCUUUUGAUCUCAAAAUCCAAAUGUCUUCAAUAUAUAGCAAAAACAAAAGAUUUGGCCUUGCCGUUCCAAUACUUUCGGAGGAAAUUGUAUCUUUUGUACCAUGUCUAAAAUAACAAUUGCGUGUUUUGUACCAGUAGAGGGAGCCCGAAACUGUAGUCUUUUUUCUUCAUACAUUUGCCAACGUUUUAAUAGCAAAAUUAAACUCUACAAACGCUAUAUAAUCUUGAUGCUUUUGCUUUUUGCAUAUAUUUACUGCUUAGCAUAAAGUUGUUUAUGUCGUUCAGCACUGAGAAGCGCUUGGGAGUCGGAACCUAAAUAAUUAGCUGUGUUUCUUACCGGAAAAAUUUAAUGACGGUCCGUAUUUUUCCGUUGCCUUGGCAGCCAGAAACGAACUGGCUGUAGUUGUGUUGCAUUCUGUCUGGUUAUGAUGGACAUUCAGGAGACAGAUCUGAUCACUAGAGAGGAAAAUAUUGUUGAGAUGAGAGACUUGGAUGAGGAAGAAUUUGCUGUCUCAAAAUCCUCAGAGGCAGAUGCAUUGUUUGAUACUGUAAUUGGGAGCAUUGAGGACAUCAUAAUGGAAGACGACUUCCAGAAUCUUCAGCGAUCCUUCAUGGAGAAGUAUUUCCUGGAGUUUGAUGACACAGAGGAGAAUAAGCUCAUCUAUACAUCAAUUUUUAAUGAAUAUAUUGAGCUCUUGGAGAAGUAUCUGGAACAACAACUGAUCGAGCGGAUUCCUGGGUUUAACAUGAACGACUUUACUCAUUCUCUGAAGCAACACAAAGAAGAAGUCUCAGGGGAUAUAUUUGACAUGCUGCUCACCUUUACAGACUUCAUGGCCUUUAAAGAGAUGUUCCUUGAUUACAGAGCCGAGCGAGAAGGAAGAGGCCUGGACCUGAGCACUGGCCUGGUGGUGAAGCCAUUGAGAUCAUCUACUUCCACAGCAAUCACUUCUGCGUCAGAAUCAGACUCUUUCUAAACCAAGAAGCACUUCAGUGUCAUAUAUCCAAAAAACUGACUUCAUCACCCACGGCAUUUAAGUUUCCUGUACAGCCACGUAGUUUUUUUUUCUCCAUGUUCUGGAGCCUAGUUUGCUGCCAUAUUAGCUUAAUGAACAGGACCAUGAGUUUGCUUUGGUUUAAUAUUUAAACUUGUUGUUAAUACGUCCUGCUUUCUAGUGCACUUCCUCCCACAGUAUUUUGAAGGUUUACUCAGAGAUUCAGAUUUUCUCUCUCUACUGUCUGUGAUAUUUUGUUACAAUACUGCUACAUUACAGGUGAAUGUGGUAUCUGCUGUAGAAAGAGUAAAGCUGCGGUUUUGUGUGUGUGUGUGUGUGUGUGUGUGUGUGUGUUGCUGUCUGCUCGAAACUAGCGUUUGAAACACAUUUGUCUUUCAUAUCAUACUAGGUUCAUUAGAUAUGUUUACUUAUAUUUACUCAUCCCUCAUUAGUCCCUUUACAGAAAGCACCAUAUAACAUGCCUGCAUUGGAACAGUUUAUUAUAAAGGUAUUAUGAAAAGUUUUACAAAUUUUAUACAAAAUUUAAUACCAUGGUUCUUUUAAUAUGUGGCUUUCUACUCCCGUUUCUCUCCAGUUCAAGUUGUAGGCAACUCCCACAUGUAGAUAUAAAAAAGUUGUUUUUCAUGUCAUGUUGUUACUGUAUGUAUGGCCUGAAUGUCUGACUCCACAAUUUUUUUUGUCCUUGUAUGUAAAUAUUACUGUAUGCUGAAGAAGUAAAUAAAUGUAAUUUAACUCACAUCAAA